AUGCACCAGGAUCAACGCGAAUCAACGUCACAGUUGAAAUAUUUGCAGCCUCAAACCAAGCCAGAGCAGGAGGCAGGUAUCAAAGCAACAGCAACAGCAACAUCGGUUGAGCCUUCAUCCCAGAUAGAAGACCAUUCAGGAGACGCAGGCAACAAAGAAGAUGACCACUACAAGAAAAGGCUAUCUCCAUUACGCUACAAACUAAGAUCGCUACUAUUGCCACUAGUGCGGAUGGAAACAGAUAUACUUUACACCCUUCAGUCCAACUUGCGCAACCCCAUAUUUGAUUUUUACUUUGCGUGGACUGCAAAUUUGGCCAGCCACACUUUUUACGUGUUGAUGUUGCCGCCGCCGAUAUGGUUUGGCGCUAGCAGUUUAGCUAGAGACUUGAUCUACGUGUUGGGGUUAGGGAUAUAUUGCACUGGUUUUUUAAAGGAUUAUUUCUGUUUGCCUAGACCGCGGUCUCCUCCGUUGCACCGCAUCACGAUGUCGAGUUAUACUGCGCAGGAGUACGGGUUCCCUUCGUCUCACGCGGCGAACGCGACUGCCGUCACCUUGGUUGUCCUUCAUGCCGUGAAACAGAACAAGGAUUCGUUUGAACCGGUGACUUAUUACAGCUUGAUUUCAGGUUUGGGGCUCUAUUACGUUUCGUUGAUUUUCGGAAGGCUAUAUUGCGGAAUGCAUGGGUUCUUGGAUAUCAUUGUUGGUUCCGUGGUUGGUUUGGUUUUGUUUUUGUUGAGGACGUAUUGGGGUAAGAUGUGGGAUGAGUUUUUGUUCAGCAAGGGGUCGUUGUUGGGCGGCUUGAUGAUUGUUGGCGGGUUUAUUUCGCUUAUUCACUUCCAUUCCGAGCCAGUUGACGAUUGCCCUUGUUUUGAUGACUCGGUGGCGUUUAUCGGAGUGCUUAUCGGUUUGGAUUUGAGUCAUUUGAUUUGUUAUCAAACCCAAUAUCUACUUAGCGAUACCAACCUCAGUGAUUACUAUCUUGUUCCGUUUGAUAGUGGCAAAGGCGUAUUGAGCAUCGUCACCCGGUUCAUUGUUGGUGUUUUCUUGGUUGUCAUAUGGAAGAGUAUAUCCAAGCCGGUGAUAUUCACCAUUUUACCACCAGUCUACAAAUUUAUUGGAGUUUAUUUACCUCGAAGGAACUUCAUUUCCACAGCCCAUACGACCCAGUCAACUAGAAACAUUAGAAGCACAUCGAUCUCCAACGAUAACACCACCCAGAUUGGAGAUUUAAACAAUUUGAUAAAGGGAGUUACCGACCGGCAAAAAAUCGACAAUUACGGACCCAGCUCAGAUAUCGACAUUUACGAGAUCAUGGAGUACAACAAGAGACACGAGCACGGGAUAAUCGACCCUGAGAAACUCACUUUCAAAUCCGGCGUUUUCAAGUAUAGAUACGACGUUGAGAUCGUGGGAAGAUUGAUUGUGUAUGCUGGGGUUGCAAUCACGGCAAUAUGGGGGUUUGCAUUUAUUUCAGCUCUUCUCAAUGUAUAG